UGGUGGGGAGGGACUAUUUUCUCAGGCGGAGGGACACGGAGCGGGGGGGUGAAAGCACCGCCUGGGGGGCAGAGGGGCGCCAUCUUCCCUGCGGCCGGGUGGAGCGAGAGCUGCGACUCCGCCAUGAGGCGCGGCGCUGGCUCGCAGCACAGUGACCUCCCGCCGCGGCCGCCCGGAGCCUCGCCGGAGCCGCUUGUCCAGGGAAUUACAGCAUCCUUAUCUCAGAAGAACAGAAGCCUAAAUACUUUGAAUGGAAGGAAAUCUGCAAAAGAUGGUCUGAAGCAGGAGCCCUUGACACCUUUGCAGAGGUUCUCCUCAGCACCGGUAAAGAGCAACACAGCAAAUACUUCUGCCUGCAGUACUUGUUUUGGGAAGAAAAACACUACCAGAGAUUGGCUAACACAAAAAUACUUCCGUCAUGCGAAGGCAGUACCUGAUGAAAGUCGAGACAUCAUUGCUUGUGCUCAGUCUAUCUUGGAGAGAGAAAAUUAUUUCGUUAGGGAGGUGGACAGGUAUUUGAGGCACAAUGAUUUCUUGAAUCUGAGAAAGAAGGAGAUCCUGUACAAGAAAUGGCUUGGCGAUGUUUCAGAGCCACUGCUGCAGAAAAUUGAGGACAAAGUUGACAGCAAAUCAAGUGAAGAAAUACGGAAAAGGAAUGAAGAACAACUGUCUCUAUAUUUAAACUACUGUAAAAAGAAGGGCUAUGUGGCUUUGGACACUUAUAACCCUUCAGAGUAUGAUCCGUUAUUCCUGAAGACGUGUACAGACUGCUGGAAGGUUUCAAUACCAACUUUACAGGAUCCGCUGUUAAAAGACAUGCGAAGAAAGUUUACUGAGAAAGGCAUUAUCAAGCAGUGUGAAACAGGAAGGCGGUGCUCGUCCAGAGAACUGAAUGAACUCAGUAAAGCAGAACUGCCACUGCUUCCCUUAAGCCGACAACGUAUGGAUGCAGUAGAGUGGCUGAAGAUACCACAUGCCUACAUUGCUAGUGAGGUCCACCAAACAAAGCGGCGAAAAGUUGUUGAACACCACAAAGACAGCAAGAACUCAGGCCACCUGUCCUCCAGCUGACCGUGCGCAGGGAAGCACAGCCAUCAGAAGGUCCUUCUUUGGGAGGCAGCCUGAAUGCAUUUAGCUGCUCUGAAUGCACACGCACACAGGAAAUAAUGAGCAAGGACAGAAAUAUUUGCUAUAAAACCAGAAAACUUCCUGGGGAAAGGAAUAAGAGAAUAAAGAUCUGAAGAGGAA